GGUCCAGGUGGGCGGGGCGGGGCCAUUGAGUGCGGGCUGAGCCCGGCGAGCAGGGGUCUCCCGACCAGGUGCUGCGCUGCGGCUGGAGCCGCGGAGACCCCAGGAGGAAGCAGCCGCGCUGGGAGCACCGAGAAGGCCCCUGGCGGCCACCAUGGCUGACAAGGACCCCAUGCUGAGCACCAGUCACUCCUUCUAUGACGUGGCCAGGCAUGGCAUCCUGCAGGUGGCAGGGGAGGACUGCUACGGGAGACGCGUGGUCACCUUCAGCUGCUGCCGGAUGCCACCCUCUCACGAGCUCAAUCACCAGCGCCUGCUGGAGUACCUGAAGUUCACGCUGGACCAGCACGUGGAACACGAUUACAGCAUCGUCUACUUCCACUACGGCCUCAACAGCCGCAACAAGCCCUCCCUGAGCUGGCUGCAGAGCGCGUACAAGGAGUUCGACCGGAAGUACAAGAAGAACCUGAAGGCGCUGUACGUGGUGCACCCCACCAGCUUCAUCAAGGUCCUGUGGAACCUCUUCCGGCCCCUCAUCAGCCACAAGUUCGGGAAGAAGGUCACCUACUUCAGCUACCUCAGCGAGCUCCGCGAGCACCUGCAGUGCGACCAGCUGCCUGUCCCCCAGGAGGUGCUGCGGUAUGACGAGAAGCUCCGAGGCCUGCACCAUGGCCGGCGGCCCCCUCCUGCCAAGACGCCACCACCGCGGCCACCGCUGCCCACACAGCAGUUCGGCGUCAGUCUGCAAUACCUCAAAGAGAAAAAUCAAGGUGAGCUCAUCCCCCCGGUGCUGAGGCUCACUGUGACCUACCUGCGAGAGAAAGGCCUGCACACCGAAGGCCUGUUCCGGAGGUCGGCCAGCGCCCAGACUGUGCGCCUGGUGCAGCGGCUCCUGGAUCAAGGGAAGCCCGUGAACUUCGACGACUACGGGGACAUCCACGUCCCGGCCGUGAUCCUGAAGACCUUCCUGCGGGAGCUGCCCCAGCCGCUGCUCACCUUCGAGGCCUACGAGCGGGUCAUGGGCAUCACCAACGUGGAGAGCAGCCUGCGUGUCACCCACUGCCGCCAGAUCCUGCGGAGCCUCCCGGAGCACAACUACGCUGUCCUCCGCUACCUCGUGGCCUUCCUGCACACGGUGUCCCAGGAGAGCAUGAUCAACAAGAUGAACAGCUCCAACCUGGCCUGCGUCUUCGGGCUGAACCUGAUCUGGCCCUCGCAGGGCACCUCCUCGCUCAGCGCCCUGCUGCCCCUGAACCUGUUCACCGAGCUGCUGAUCGAGUACUACGAGACCAUCUUCAGUGCCCAAGAGGCCCUGGGGGACCGAGGCCCGGGCUCAGGGGACGCAGGCGGACAGGGCAGCCACCUGGUCCGAGGAUGCGGGGGCACGGAACCACCACAGCCCUCACCAGGCUUGUCCGGCCUCCGCGUCCCCUGACGGCAGCCAGGAGUCACCUGUCAUGUGCAGAGGUCCUGGCGAAGUCCAUGCAACUGUGUUCUCAGUGGGUUUUACAGACUCGCUCUCUGUGAAAACAGCCAGUGUUACCUGAACUCAGAACCUUCUAACGGACAUUUCCUCCUCCUGACUCUAACGCUCUUCUCCGUGGUUCCUGGGCUGUGGCUAGAAUAAAAGAAGGUAUCUGUGAAAAA